AAUAAUUCAUAAAAAACAUAAAAAGAAAAACAUUUAUGCACAUAUGAAAUUGUUAUUGACAGUGGCAGGAAUGUAGGAGUUUCUCGAAAUAUGUAAAGUAUUUUUCUUCUCAAAAUGGAAAAACAACCAAAAUAAUACAUAAAUAAACAAAAAUAAAAGAAAAAGAAAGAAUAAAAAUCUCUAACAGCGUAACCUUCUUUAUAUUCUCGAUACGAAACAACUGAGAAACUUGACCAGAAAAAACAGCUGAGAAAAGCGAAGUUGAAGUGGUUAUUCGAUCUACGAAAUGACGUCGUUAGUAGAAACUGAUCCCGCUUCAAGGCAGUUAUAAAUAGAGCCGUCCCUUUACCACCAUUUCUCUCACUCUCUCUUCGCUUCACAGAGCUUCCCUGUUAUUUGCCUUUACCAAAGAAUCUCAAGUAUAGUCGUAUGGCUCUGUGUAUCUGUGUAGAGAGUGAUGGUUAAAAUUCCUUCUUCAGUUUUGCUGCUGAAACUCCAGUUGUGAUAAUAAUAAUCAGAAAUUAAUUUUCUCUGCGGAACGCGUCGGGUGGCAUUUGCAUUUCUUCAUUCAGAUCUUUUUUUAUUUUUUUAUUUGUUACUCAUUUGCUGGAAAAUUUAGAGUUAAUUAGUUCUCAUGCAUCACAGCAGUAGGACUAGUGUUCUAUUCUGUUUCUCUUUGGAUCAUUUGGGUGAAUUGUCUCAUGAUUUGAAGUCCCUUGUCCUUGUGAAGGGUAUAGUUAUUUAGAGCUUUAACUGGUUCUUUACCUCAUCAGAUUGAUCUUUGAAGAUGCCAAUUGACAACUCAAACACGUCUGAUCGAGAUACUGAGCCAUUUGUGGAGGUUGAUCCAACUGGGCGGUUUGGGCGGUAUGAUGAUCUCCUUGGUCAUGGUGCUGUGAAGAAGGUUUAUAGGGCUUUUGAUCAGGAGGAAGGUACAGAGGUGGCCUGGAAUCAGGUCCGCUUGAGGACUUUCAGUGAAGAUCCAACUCUCAUAAACCGGCUUUACUCAGAGGUUAAGCUAUUGAGCACAUUGAAGAACAAGUAUAUCAUUGUUUGUUACAGUGUUUGGAGGGAUGAGGCGCACAACACUUUGAAUUUCAUCACUGAGGUGUGCACAUCUGGAAACCUGAGGCAAUACAGGAAGAAGCAUCGCCAUGUGUCUAUUAGGGCUUUGAAGAAGUGGUCAAGACAGGUGCUUGAGGGAUUGGAAUACCUCCAUACACAUGAGCCAUGCAUCAUUCACAGAGAUCUCAAUUGCAGCAACAUCUUCAUCAAUGGGAACACUGCCCAGGUGAAAAUUGGUGAUCUGGGAUUUGCAGCAAUAGUUGGUAAGAACCAUGAAGCGCAUUCGAUUAUAGGGACACCUGAGUAUAUGGCACCUGAGCUAUACGAGGAGGACUACACAGAGAUGGUGGACAUAUACUCCUUUGGGAUGUGCUUGCUGGAGAUGGUGACAAUGGAGAUACCAUACAGUGAAUGUGACUCUGUUGCCAAGAUAUACAAGAAGGUCACGGCCGGUAUUAAGCCUGAAGGCUUGAACAAGGUGACUGAUCCAGAGGUGAAGGCGUUCAUUGAGAAAUCCAUAGCCCAACCGAGGGCAAGACCUAGUGCCUCUGAUCUUCUCAAGGACCCUUUCUUGUCUGAACCCAAAUCCAAUAUUGAAGAGAUUGAACAAAUCCUCUGAUGGCUUUUCGACAUUAAUCAUCUUUUCGAGACCUCAUUUGAUGAUGAUCUAGGGGUUUGGCUCUCAUUUCUGAACCAUCACAACUGAUCCAUGGUGUUUCUGUUCAAGUACAUGCCUAUAGACUCUCUCUCUCUCUCUCUCUCUCUCUCUCUCUCUCUCUCUCUCUCUCUGUGACAUCUGUAAUGUAGAUUCUAGUAAUGGAGAUAUUGGUAAUGCUGUGUAGUUGAAUUUGUAGUAAAAACAAAAAUAUUAUGAGAAUAUUAUGAAAAUUUCAAUGAGACUGCUUUAGCAAUAGUUCUCUC